UCAGCUGAUUCACUUGGUCAAGUUCAACAGAUAUUAAGUGACAAAGGGGAACUAUCGGAACGUAUGAAGAAAGUCUUUGAUAAAGCUAUAAAUCAAGAAAAAGAAGAACAAAAAACAGCAUCUGAAGUGCCCAUACAACGUAUCAUAAAAAAAAUUCGAAUAAUGAAAAAACGUGAUAAACACAAUGAAUUACUCGAAUUAUUACGAAAAAAUGAAGUUGAAUUGAACAAGACCGAAUCUGGUAUAUUCUCAGUAAUAACAUCACCUCAGAGAAAGGAAAGACAAGCUCUUUUGGAUAAACAAUUACCUCUUGUGGCAGAAUACUUGUGCAUUCUGAAAAAAAUAAGUCCAUCUUCUGACAAAGGUGCAGCAAAACUUCGGUCAGCCGACAGCUGGCCUGAUUAUCCAGACUUUGACACUCAAGAAUCAGAUACAGAUGAAUCGGACUCAGAUGAAUCAGACUCAGAUGAAAAAACAUACGAAGAAUUUCCAAAAAUGGAAGACAGUAAAUUUACAGGAACGGAAGACUUUAAAAUGCAUGUAUUCCAGCAACAAUCUUUUUUUUAG